GUGAAACCAGACUAGGCAGUCGCCGAAGAAGGGACUGCGGCGGGCCGCAGCGCUGGCCGCAGCCGAGCCGAGCCGGGAUACGCAGGAGCUAGAACAGGGAGGAAGGGGCUGCGAGGAGGAGUCCGCCACGGUGGCCGUCUCCGAGAGAGAAAAUUGGUUUUCGUCGUGCAGACAACGCCACUGCAGAGAUGGUCAAUGUUCCCAAAACCCGAAGGACUUUCUGUAAGAAGUGUGGAAAGCAUCAGCCUCACAAAGUGACCCAGUAUAAGAAGGGCAAGGAUUCCCUUUAUGCCCAGGGAAAGAGGCGCUAUGAUCGGAAGCAGAGUGGCUAUGGUGGGCAGACAAAGCCAAUUUUCCGGAAGAAGGCUAAAACCACAAAGAAGAUUGUGCUGAGGCUUGAAUGCGUUGAACCUAACUGCAGGUCCAAGAGGAUGCUGGCCAUUAAGAGAUGCAAGCAUUUCGAACUGGGAGGAGAUAAGAAGAGAAAAGGCCAAGUGAUCCAGUUCUAAGCUUUGCGAUUUUGAGAGGAAAAUGUUGACGCUGUAGAAUUACGCAUUUGAAAAUAAAUGCUGUGAUACUUUCA